AUGGACAUGGACGCUCACACACAGCCAGCACUCACAGCCUUCACGCAGCUCGCCCGCGAGGAACACAUGGGCCAUUUCGCCUUCAGCUGGCAGGGCAUGGAACCCGCCCCCGCCGCCUCCCUGUCCGGCGCCGGUGCUACGCUGCCUCUCCACUCUGUCCAGGGCGCCGCCGCCGCGAGGAACAGCGCUGACGCCUCGUACUGCCCCGACCCGGCCACGUACGCGCCCGCAGUCCUGGCCACGGUCCCGCCGACCAUUGCGGAGGCGGGAGCGAAGAGGCGCCAGGAUGCGGAGAACAUCGCGCUCUACCUCAUCCACAUCCUCCACAAGUGCGCUGAAGCCAUCGAGGCGGGCGACUAUGCGGUCGCAGCCGGCAAGCUCUCCGAGGCGCGCACGAUGCUCGCGACGUCUGUCUCGACGACCACUGGGAUCGGCCGUGUCGCCAGCCACUUCGCCGCCGCGCUGGCCCAUCGCCUCUUCCCGGCGUCCCCGCACUCCUCCUUCACGCUGGACGCCUCACCGGAGCGCGCCGGCGAGCUCUACCGUCAGUUCUAUGACGCGGGGCCAUACCUCAAGUUCGCACACUUCACGGCCAACCAGGCCAUCCUCGAGGCGUUUGAGGGCUGCGACCGCGUGCACGUCGUGGAUCUCGCCAUCAAGCAGGGCGUGCAGUGGACAACCCUCAUCCAGGCCCUCUCCAUCCGUCCCGGCGGCCCGCCGUCCGUCCGCAUCACCGGCAUCGGCUCCGCGCCCGCCGUCGACGAAGCUGGCCUCCGCCUCGCCGAGCUCGCGCGUGCCAUGAACGUGCCCUUCUCGUUUCAAAGGUUCACCGACGAUAGCCUGGACCAGCUCAAGCCAUGGAUGUUCCAGGUCCUGCCCGGAGAGGCGGUGGCCGUGAACUCCAUCUGCCAGCUCCACCGAUUCCUGGUGGACCCGGACGCCGCGUCCACGUCUCUCCCCACGCCGAUCGACGUCGUGCUCGGCUGGAUCGCGUCCAUGCAACCCAGGGUUUUCACGGUCGUGGAGCAGGAGGCGGACCACAACAAGCCGAGGCUGCCGACGCGGUUCGAGAACGCCAUGUUCUACUAUGGCUCCGUGCUCGACUCCAUGGAGGCCAUGUCCGUGAGCCGCGGCGGCGUCAUCGGCAACGGAGCCGGCGCCGACGCGUACGUGCAGAGGGAGAUCUUCGACAUCGUCUGCGGCGAGGGCAGCGCCCGCACCGAGCGCCACGAGCCGCUCGCAUGCUGGUGCGCUCGCCUCUGGCGGAUGGGUCUCACCCACGUGCCGCUGGGUCCGAGCGCAGCCUAUCAGGCGGCCAAGCUUGUCCGCAUGUACUCCACCGCCGGGUUCCGCGUCCAGGAGAUCGGCGGCUGCCUCUCGCUCAUGUGGCACGAGCGGCCCCUGUUCACGGCGUCCGUUUGGAGCGCAAUGCCCGCAGAUGGCGCCGCCGAGGAGCGCGCCGACAAGCACAAGCUGAAGAUGAGCAUCGGCGAGAGUAGCAGCGGCCACCUGCCGGACGCCGGGGCGCAGUGA